GGCGUGUGUCUGUCGAUAUCACAGGAAUUCUGUUUGGGUUCAAACAUUUAAACAGACGGACGGAAAAAUGAAGUUGUCUGUUAUUCUCGCGCUUAGCUUAAAGACAUUUUAUUGGUUGCUCUUGGUUUCUCGCGAUACUAGGGUGACCAAUUGCAGCGCAGCAGCGUCAAGUCAAAUCCUGAAGAAGUGAAGCGGUGUGGUUUCUGUGGAGGUUUCUUUCCUAUGAUUAAACCGAAAGCUCAGAAGAGGCAUUCUCCACAAAUUUGAGCAGUUUUGAGGGGCUACACCAUGGACGUUACUGUUUCGAGAAGGAAAAACAUCACUAAGAAGGGAAACAAGGAAAAUGCCCAGCCUGCACAUGAAAGGAAGCCCCAUAUAAAAGGAGACAAAACAACUAUUGCUCCCUUCCAACUGAAAAAUGGUCAAAAUCAGCAGAUCCUGCCAAAGAGUCAGCCCCUUAAAGCCAAGGCUAAACAAGCUGACAGUAGGUCAGUGUGUGAGGCUCAAAAACCUGUACCAGCUGCUGUGCUGUCAUCAAGGAAUGCUCUAGGACUGUAUAAAGGCAAGAUUGUCCAGUCAAAAAUUGGAUCUAUUUGGAAGGCAAGUACCAAUGUGGGUGCUGAUCCCAACCCAUCAGCACCCAAAAUGGAAAACCAAAGGGCUGGAAACGUGGCAAGAAGAAGGUCCAAAUCUGUUGCUGAGAUGCCGAAAUGUGGUAUUCAAAAACCUGCACCGGUUAGGUCCAAGUCAGUUUCUGAUAGACGACCUCAGAUGUCCAGGCCUGCUGCCAGCAGCCGUCCUGCUGGAUUCUCCUCUGCUCGCCCUCCUACAAGAAUUGUUCCAGCAACACUAACCAUUGCCAGCUCUAGAAACACUACUGUUGCUCCCACCAAGGCAAGUGGGACUCAGAACCCAAAGCCAAAGAUCUCAGAAACUGACAAGAAGGUCAGCAAGCCUCCUGCCUCAAACGCUAUUAGUCAGUACAGAUUUACCAUGGAGUCGGCAGAGGAGAGAAGAGCAAAAUUGGCUGAGUGGCUGGCUUCCAAGGGUAAGGCUCUCAAGAGACCAGCCAUGACGACCGCUAAAUCCUCCAAAACCAAAGUUUCGUCAAAACCUGAUGUCAAACCUCAGUCUCAGCCCGGUGCAUGGCACAUACCUGAAUCCAGACUGGAAGGACACGAAGCUGACCCUGCUGUAGGUACUGUUCCCUGUGGAGAGACUCAGGGGGCAGAGCCAACAGCAUCCAGCCAAACUCCAGUGAUCAUGAACACCACACUGGACCUGCUAGAAAACUGUGAUGGGGAUCUGUCUGCUGAGGAAAGGGUGGAUGAUAUUAUUUUGAAUCUCUGUGAUGCCUUGGAGGCUAUGGCAACACCAACCAGCUACAGUGAUGGUGAGACUGAGGAGUAUAAUAAUGUUGAAAUGGAGGGCAGCAAACCUGUGUCUGAAUGUAAAGAAGAGGGACUGAAGAAUGACAUGCCUGAGGAUGGUGGUAAGGAGGUGAAGGAUGAAGCAGAAGAAAGUGAUCAGAAUGAGGAAACUGAUGUCGAAAGUGAUGAUGGUGUGAUAGAGACGACUCCACAGAUGGAGAAUGGGUCAAUGAUAAAAUACAGUGUGAAAACGACACCAUAUCUGCAAAGUGUCAAAAAAACAAUUGAAGAGGUCAGUGCAAGUACAUCUAAGAGGAAGAGUAACAUUAAAGAUAUCAAGCUUCUGACACCCGUGCGCCGUUCCUGCCGCAUCCAGCAGAAAUCCACCCAACUGCCGAAGAUGCUCUUUGAUCACGAUCCCUGCGUAUCGUCUCUGGCUGAACUGGUGAAACUGGAUGAUGCUGCUAAUGCCUACAUCUACAGAAAAAACACUGCACUCACGGCGGAUCUGCCAGACGAAUCCACCCUGUAAAGAAACAUAUAUUUGUGCUGAAGGAGGGGGAAAAAAGAAACUUCAGCAAUGUUUGGGACUCAAGCUAACACUAAAGAUUGUACUACUAAAUUGUACUAAUUUGAAAUGAUUUAUUGUAUUCAUGUUCAUACUUAACUGAUUUGUUUCCUUUUAACACUAUUAUUUUUAUAAAGUUACAAAAUACUUACAAUAAAGCAGUUCUAAAGCUGACUUUACAAAAACAAGUACUGCAUGCAUCUUUAUCACACAGUGUGUGUAACAGUGACAAUCUUGAAUGUUGAGAUGAACAAAUUCUAGUUCAUGUUGAGUUGAUUUCCACUGAUAUACAAGAGUUAAAAUGACAAGCUUAUUUUAAUUGGCUGCUGUCCACUGAAGCUAAGUCAGCAGACUGAGCUGGUGGAUAAUCUGGCCAAAUUCUGUUGUCUGCCAGCAACUGAGUGCAGAUCAAUUAAAAACCAAAGCAUAACUGAUGGUUUUUUCA